GGGGCGCCCGCCCCCCCAGCCGCCCCGCAGCCCGCCCCCACCCCCGCGCCCCACCCGCCCCCGGCCCGCUCGGGCAGCACGGCGCACCUGGUGCCGGCCGCCGCGCCCGCGCACGCGCUGCUGUCCGUCGCGCACGCGCUGCUGUGCCCCGCCAACGCGCUCGCCGCCACGCUGCUGCCCGCCGCCGUCACGCAGCCGACCAGUGGAACCGACAUACUGCCCAUCGAAGAGCCCAUGAUGCCCACCGAUGACGUCAGCGACCUCAAGGACGUGUUCGACGCCAUCAACAGACUGUGCGAGACCAUGAGGACUUCUACCUACGACGAAGUAGCGGACGAUUCGCCGGGAGACGAUAAUGUCGACGAAUUCGUUGAAACUAUAAACAGUAACGUAAGUAUAAGUAGUGUAGCUGAAUCUGUAAGCGUAGUUGAGUCUGAGGCGCCCGUCGCACAAGUUAUAGAGUGCGAUGCAGAGCUGAUAAGCCCCACAGAAGUAUCCAUAAGGACCAUAGAAGCGUAUAGAGCGGAACGUUGGAGCGACGCGCUUGUGUCGCCCCCUACUGAUGAAACUGAUACGUUCCCGUCAGACACGGAACCGGCUAACCCGACCUGCGAGCCGGUUAGUGAAAUGUAUUAUACGGCGUCUUCCGAAGUCUCGCUACUGUCUGAUCUAGAACUGCCAGAAAGACCGCCAGUAGACGAGGAAGCGACUGAAGUUAAAGAUAAAGAGGAAAGAAAGGAAUGCGUUAUAGCCGGGCAUGUGGCCGCGAUGCGAGAGAGAUUCGAGUCUAUGACGCGAACUAACACGCCGUGCCCCGACCUCGCUCGCUCUACGUCGCCGUCACUUGACGUGUUUCGGAACAUUACGCCUUCUCCUGACUUGUUAGGGUAGGGAUUUAGCAGUUGCUGGACAUCUGUUAACACUCGGGUGAAGGAUAGGCAAGUUGUAAGGUACUUUGCACCAAGUAAGGCUGGUUAUACUGAUGGCUAUAAAUCGUUUAUAGGUCUACAACUUCCUUGACCAUUGGCAGGGUACAUACUUCAGGAAGGUAGGUUAACUUCCUCAACUAAGCGCCAUUAAAUUUAGAUUUACUAUGUGACUGGAUAAAAUUAGUAAUUUGUAACCUCUUAAUAUUCAAGUAAAUCAGUAUUCGUUUCGUAUUCGAUCGUUGCUAGUCCACUCGUAAUAAAACACGAAUUGUAAUAGACCGAGCGUGCCAAACGGUGUGUUCACAUUUAGUUGAAGGGUUGUGAUUUAUUUUCCUUAGCCUCGACAGUCGCAAUUAUAUUGAACAGUUACAUAUCGACAAAGAUUGGUUGUUUAGCUCUAGUUGUAGCGUUACGUAAGGGCAAUUUAUAAUAAAGUAGGAGCUCAAUAUUAGCGGGCUAGUGGGCCGCUAGUGUAUUCGUAACUUUCGAAGUAUUCACGCUAUCUAAAUCGGUUACAGCCGUGACCUCGGGAAGCUCAAAUUUUGUAGUUUUUGUAACUAAAUCGUGGUAAACUUGCAGUGAAUUGUACACUUGUAUUUCGUCAGACCAAGUAGCCAAUAAUGCUUAGCUUAGACGUUACAAAACAGAUAAUUAUACAGCGGUACAUUAAUCAAUGCCACUUACAAUUUUUACUGUUUUUUUAUGUGUUUGCAUUUUAAAUUGAGUUUUUUAAAUGUUGCCAUAAAUAGAUGUUAAGUAUUUGUUGUGAAAUUAUUUAAAAAAUAGCAUCAUUUGUUUAUUUUAAAUUGAUUAAUGUUGUGAAUUAUUUACUAAAAUAUUUAAUUGGGUUGAACGAAUCGUUUAAUGGUGAUACUAGUUAAAUGCAAUAAUUGUAUUAUUACUUUAUAUGAUUAAGCCUGUUGUAAUUCAUGUAUUUUUAGGAUACGGUAUUAAUAUUUCUUCUAAUAACAAGUUAGCGAAUAGUUGUCAUGUAUAAAUGUGUUAUGUGUACAGACGAGACCUUUUAUUAUAUAAUUCAAUAUACAGCUUUAUUCAUA